AUGUGUGUCCUAGGCUGGGACCUCUCGCCUUCGCGGUAUGCACAUAUCUCACAGAAGUCCCAUUCCUCCCGGCGUCACUCAUAUCCUCCGACAACAAUGAAAGCUCACCUGCCACGACUGAACCAGCUCCGGAACCUACUGGCAUCAGCUGAAAAGAAGUCGCAAUCCAGUAGCCGGUCGAAUGCCUCACACUUCACAGAAUCAGCUCUGCCAGAUGACAGGAAACCGAACUUUCAGGCUGCCUCGAGUGAGGGCAUUCUAACCCAAGGAAACGGCGCAAGAGACAGAGAUGCAAUGUGGGAGGUCGACAGCGUGAUCACAAACGAGCUUCCUGAGCAUCCCAAUAAUGUGGAUGAUCUGAAGGCUCUCGCGUCGUUGAUCUGCGAGUAG